GACAUUAAGGAAGUCCGUCUGCAGCAAGUGUGCUGCCCUGGUUGGGACUGCCGGCCGAUCAGCCCUUCUCCCCAAGAAGCCACAAGUCGAGAAAGCAUCGCACUGCCUGCGAGUUGGGAACCGCCGCAGAAAGCAGGUCUACCCAAGUGUUGGCUGCCAUGGCUCAGCUCACUGCCACGCCGAGAAGUGCACUAGCCGACACACCUGUGUCGAUUUCCGCCUCGGGCCUGGCCCCCUCCCAGCCUGUCACCCUGAAGGCAUUGCUGACUGAUGAAAGUGGGGUGAAGUUUGAGGCAGUCGCCUUCUACCGGGCAAACGAGGCCGGGGUCGUGGAUCUGGAGCAGGCAUCUGCCCUGGGAGGCAGCUACACAGGAGUGUGGCCCAUGGGCCUCUUCUGCACCCUGAAGCCAGAGAAGAUGUUCCACAGGCUGCUGAAACGCGACGUGAUGAACAGCCCCUUCCGUGUCCAGAUCAACCUGUUCAGCUCCUUUGAGUUGAACCCACCACCUGCAAUGGCACCAGUGGCCUCUUGUACUGUGGAGAGGUGGUACACAACCCCUGGAAUGCAACGUUUCCCCAUCAAGACGGGGCGUGUCCGGGGGACCCUUUUCUUGCCUGCAGGGCCUGGGCCAUUUCCAGGAGUGAUUGACAUGUUUGGUGGGGCUGGAGGCCUCUUUGAGUUCCGAGCAAGCCUACUUGCUAGCAGGGGCUUUGCUGUUCUGGCGCUGGCUCUCUUUGCAUAUGAGGACCUGCCUAAGAACCUGACAGAAGUGGACCUGGAAUAUUAUGAGGAGGCGUGCAAACUGCUCUUACAACACCCUAAGGUAAGAGGACCAGGACUUGGAGUCAUCGGGUUAUCCAAAGGGUCAGAAAUUGCAUUGGCCAUGUAUACCUUCUUAGAGCAAAUUGUGGCUGCUGUGUGCAUCAACGGUGCCACAGCAGUGAUAGGUGCACCAGUCCGCUUUCGUGACGUCCACAUCCCUGCUGUUCCCUACGCAGUGGAGAAAUUUUGCAUCAGUGACACAGGUGCGAUGUCUACUCUCCUUCUCUUUCAAGAACUUGAGGAUAAAUACCAAACCCAUGCCAUCCCUCUGGAGAAGGCCCAGGGUCACGUGCUCUUUGUGGUGGGAGAAGAUGACCACAGCGUAAACAGCAAGUCGCUUGCCGAGAGAGCCAUAGCCAGAGCAAAGCAGCAUGGGAAAAAUAACUGUGCCUUGCUCUCGUACCCAGGGGCUGGUCACCUAAUACAACCCCCGGGAACCCCACUUUGUUGCGUCUCGAUAAUCAGGGGCCAAAAUCUAGCAUGGGGAGGUGAAGCAAAGGCCCAUGCCAAAGCCCAGGAGCACUCCUGGACCGAGAUUCAGAAAUUCUUUAAGCUUCAUCUUGGUGCAACUGGAAGAAGCAAAUUGUGACAUCAGAAGGAAAAUAGGUUGUAUGGCUUCUAUUAACCCUUGAACAUCACAAGACGUGCAGAUUUUCUUUUAUGGAAAAAAGUAUCAACAUACAACUUUUUUGUCUCAGAUCAACAAGGACUUUUGAUCAUGAUUCUCUGCUCUUGGAAGUUUACACUGUCCCUUUUCUGUCAUCUUGGCUUUCUUAGAACAAGUCUAAGACCAUACUCUCCUGAAAAAUUCUGUUAUUCACUACAGGAGCCUUAUCCUGAUCUCUUUAAUGGGAAAUCUCUCCAGGUAAUGCCCAACCUUUUCUCUGCAAGAAUUCCAUCUUCAGCUUCAUUCUUAUCCCAUUCACACUGGCUAGCCCAGGUUACUAGGUCACGCCUCCUGACUUCCAGAUUACUCAACAGAUCCCAUGGCCUGGGAGCCUGUUCUUGUGGCAGUUGGCACUUCAGCAAUAUUGAUAUUAAUUAUAAACAUGCACAGGGUUGAAGGAAACUUUCAGUUUUGCUUUCUCCCACUUCCAUGGUUUUAGGUUCCCGGGGUUUCUGCCCUGUUUAUGAAGAAAUUUAAACAAAAGCAAGAAACAGCUUCAAGAGCCUAGACAGAGAGUGUGCAGGGACAUCACCCAAGCAUGCUGGGCCUCUGUAGUUCUUCCAAAGCUGUUGCAGACAUUACUCUUCCACCCCAAGGCUGAGGUUCAUGACAUCUUCCAGUCAAAACUAAAGGUAAACUGGUGCCAUCCCAGCAAUUUUAAGUAAUCUGGAGAAAAAAUAUGAACAAUUUGAUUUCAAGCCAUGGUCCAUGAAAAAGGGGAAAACAUUUCAAUUGCAGGUUAACCAUGUCUGUUAGAUAAUAGAUAAUCCUGUCUAUCACUGCUGAUACCAAGUCAGGCAAUAGGGGUGUGUGCCUGGAAUUAUCCCCCCCCCCAAAAAAAACAACCCUAAGAGGUGGAUUAUGCCAAGCAAUGGUGAUGUGGACUGGAGGGAAAGAAAAAGCGCCAUUCAUUCAAACUCGGGCUGGUCAGCAUCCCAUGCUCAUACUGAUAAUGCUUUGGCUUCGAAAAGUGGCUUUCCUAGUAUUAACGAAUUGCUGAUAAUGAUAAAGCUGCCAUAGCUUUGCUCUUACCAUCCAGAGCAGUUGGGGCAAGCAAGCAGUCAGUCUGCCCAGGAUAUUUGCUGCAGCCCCGCUUACCUGCACCCCACUUGGGCUCAUGAAGGGGCUGCCACUGUUUUGCCAAAGGCGAGGGUUCUUUUUGGAUCCAGAAGCAAUAAGCACACCAGUGGGUUGCAGUCUAAAUUAGGUUUUACUCUAAAGCAGGCACAAUGAUAUGAAAAAUACACAAUACCAAGCAAGCUGACUUUCCUCAAUCAGUUGCUGGGACCCCCGCCCCCCGGACGGCAAUGAGGACUACUCCAAUUCGGCCAGCAUGCAGCACCUUUCCCCGGGUCAGGCCUGCAUCAAAGCUCACCUUGGGCGAAGCCGCGAGGCUUUUUAACCUAAAUUUUAGAGUGCUAUGUGCUACAGAAUACUACCUGCUAUUCAAAACAGUUAAUUGGUCACACCUGCUGUUUGCAAGUCUCAUGAUGAUAAGUUCCAUUUUUUAUGGCAUUCCUCUGCAUUCCAAGUGAGUACCAUCCUAAUCAGCAAACAGUUUAGAAUAACACAUUUUUCAUGCUGGAGAGCCUCAGCUGGGUUUUAAGGAGGCCCUGUUGUUAAGGUCUUCCCAGGAGAGAGAUAGGAAUAGAAUGAGCAAUUGUGUUAUACCACCCUAUCUCCAUGAUAUACAAUAGUCUUUCUGGUGGUUUUUCUCUACAGCCACCCACUCUCUCCUGCUUGUCCCUGACAGCCCAUGGGUUGUUUAAUGGGUUUUUACCUGGGAACCAGGUCACACAUUCCAAAAAGGACACCGGUCAUCAAACUACCACAUUCAGACGCAACAGCCAGACAGAACAGAUGGAUGCAAACACCUCCACCCACAGCUACCAUUUUGCUACCUGAAGAGGACCAGAAGAUGCCUGCCAUUUUACACUGGAUAACUUUAGGCUAUUCAUUUCCUUACAGCCAAACCUCCCUCACAGGAUUGUGGGAAUACAGCUUGGAAACUUCUGGUGAAUGUAAAUGUACCAGAAGAGCAGAAAUUGUCUUCUCCAAUGUUUUUAAUAAAUCUCCUUAGCAUGU